AUGGUUCGCCAACAUUGGAAGGUUUCUGAGUCUAACUUUAACCUCACUUGCAAAGACCAAUCUUCUACCUGUGCCAGCAUCUCCAACGGCCGUUUGAGUCUCGAUUGGCUAGGCGCGCCCAAUGGAUUCAGCUAUAAAUGCACCAAACCGUCACUGGUCCGGGCUUUUGAUGCAGCAGGUUCCCCGACAACUCAAGCGCUGCGGUUUCAGUGGAUUCAGAUGAGGCUACUCCGAUGA